AUGGGAUCGAACUCAGCUUUCAGCAUUCUUUACAAUGCCAUUGUACCUGAGGCGCAAUGUCCGAACUUAGUGAGAGUUGGCUCAGUACUCGAUGGCGGCAAGUAUGUAUGUAAUCCACAGGCAGUCAACAAGAAUGAUUGCAGGAUUUACUCAUUUGGCCUUAACAAUGAAGUCUCGUUUGAUGUGAACAUACAAGAAAUCACAAAUAAGAGAUGUAAAAUCUACGGAUAUGAUAAGGUUGGUCGGAUUUAUCUAACCAAUAGUUGCCGCUACGAAUAGGG